UUUGGGCUUCGGGUGAGGAAUCUAUGUGAAAGCUUCAAGAUGUGGGGACAUACACUGCUACAGAGUGUGGUGGUUUUUUGGCUGGUGCAGACAGCGCGCACAAGGGGUUUUGGUGCAGUGUCUGGAGUGAAUACACAGGGGCCACAGAAUAAUGGAAGGUAUCCACAGAAUGGUGGAGCAAUGCCUUCAAAAGGAGUGGGUCAAGUGAUGGGUGUACAAAAUGGAUUUGGGGGAUAUCCAACCAAAGGACUAGGUUAUGGAGGAGCAGCCACUGGGAUUUCAAGCACAAAUGGAGCAAAAUAUAAUGGUUAUGGUGCUGCUGCUAGAACACAAGGUGGAGCAGCCAUGAAAGGAUAUGGAGCUGCAGCUGGUGUUUUUAAUGGACAUAGAGGCAAACCACAGGGUUACAAUUCUCUGGCAGGCAUCACACAGGGUGGACCAGCAAAUAAAGGAAAUGGUAACACUGCUUAUCAAGGAGCACAGAAUGGAUAUGGAACAAAAAGUGGACAGAAAGCCAUAAAUGGCCCUGCCAGAAGGCCUUCUAAUGGGGCAGGACUCCAUGGCCAAGCUGGAGCCAAACCAAUGAAGGGAUAUGGAAGGCCACCAUAUGGCACUGGAAUGGGAGCCUUCAGAGGGAUGGGACCAGCACAGGCGGGACAUCAGGGCACAGCCUAUGGCAGUAAUGGAUAUGGAGCCAAGAACAUGGGAGGAUACAGGCCCAAUGGUGGUUUGGGUGCUGGCGCUGGCGCUGGUUCUGGUUUGGGAUCACGUUAUGGAAAUGGAGGGAUGAAGGGACCCAAGCCAGGAUAUGGUGACGUAGCUGGUGGAGCAAAUGAGCAAGCAACCAAACAUGGUGGCGGAACACGAGGCCCUAUUGUGAACGGAGCCAUGUCAAAUGGUUAUGGAUAUGGCAUGGGUGGAGCUAACAAACCAGCAAAACCAGGAUAUGGUGGUAAUGGUUAUGGAGCAAAACCAAAUGGAUAUAAUAUGAAUAGAGCAGGAAUAAUUAGACCUCAACCAGGCUAUACAAAUGGAGCAGGAUCCAUGAAACCUCAGCCAGGCUACACAAAUGGAGCAGGAUCCAUGAAACCUCAGCCAGGCUACACAAACGGAGCAGGAAUGGGAGCAUUUGGAGGCCAGACCAAAGGCUAUGGAUCAGCUGCAGCUGGAGCAGGUGCCACUAAAGGAAAUGGAGCAAAAAAUAAUGGUCAAAGAGCAAGUGGAGCUGCUCUUGGAGGUUAUGGAAAUAAACUCAACGGUUACGGGGUUCCAGGACAGUCUGCAGGAGCUGGGAAUGCUGGAUAUGGUAUAUCGAGUGGAAAGUCAAACUCUGUAGGUGCCCUCGGGGGACCGGGCCUGAAAGGACUUCUCUCUGCUGCUCAGCCGACUGCUGCUCCACCUCAGGGUUAUGCUCCUCAGGGCUAUGCUCCUCAGGGCUUUGUCCCUCAACUGUCCCUGUCUCAGGGUGGUGCACCAGUGGGCCCAGAGUCCACUGGUGCCCUACAGGGAAGGGGGACCCCAGACCAGUACCAGAAGCUGCAGGGAAAGGUCUUCAGCCCCCAGGCCACAGCCGGGCCUGCUCUGGGACCUCAGUACAGCCUGGAGUCCACAGCGGCUGGCCCCACACCUCUCCCUGCGCUCAUGGGCUCAGGGGGAAAGAGCUCCAAAGUAUCUGGGGCUGCAGUGACCCAGAGCAGUGGCGCACUCCAACCAUCUGCUGUGCUUCCACAAGGCAAGUACUGGGCUGUUCAUAAUACUGGUGAUUAGGACUACUCACAGUGGGAAAUCCUGUCAGUGCUUCUAACAAACACAUGUCAAACUGUUGAAUGUAUGGCCUCUAGGUUAUGUGACGGGAAGUGAAGUGCCUGAGCAGAGUGUUGUGGAGACAGAUUUUGUUUUGGGGCUUAACCCAGACGGAGGGGAGCCUAAAAGCCCCAAGUCACUGCAAACUAAAAGUGAUCUGGACUUAGAGGCAGCUGCAGGUGCAGGUCUGAGCCCUGAGGUCCAGUCCGGGACCAUCCCAGAGGAGACAGAACAGAGUCCUCAGGCUGCCCCCAGUGGCAGUGGGCUCAAGGGUGCUGGGUCUUCUGGUAAACCUGUUUUAUGAUUUGGUGUG